CUAACCAACGUAGUUAAGCGUUGGCAAACAAAACUAAAAAUCACAAUGGGAUCUUCUUCUAGGAUGGGGCUUUCAACCCAUCUCAUUUGCACUCUAGGAGUUAUUAUCAUGGCAACAAUGGUUGCUGCUUAUGAGCCGUACACGUAUAGUUCUCCACCACCACCGUAUUCUUCACCAUCUCCUAAAGAAGAAUACAAAUCUUCUCCACCACCAUAUGUAUCUCUACCACCACUACCAUAUAUCUCUCCAUCCCCUAAGGUGGACUACAAAUCUCCUCCCCCACCAUAUGUUUACGAUUCUCCACCACCACCAUACUAUUCGCCCUCUCCUAAGGUAGACUACAAGUCUCCUCCUCCACCAUACGUUUACAGUUCUCCACCACCACCUUACUACUCACCUUCUCCUAAGGUGGACUACAAAUCUCCACCACCACCAUACGUUUACAGUUCUCCACCACCACCUUACUACUCGCCCUCUCCUAAGGUAGACUACAAAUCUCCUCCACCACCAUACGUUUACAGUUCUCCACCACCACCUUACUAUUCGCCUUCUCCAAAGGUUGACUACAAAUCUCCUCCCCCACCUUAUGUAUACAGCUCUCCACCACCACCAUACUACUCACCAUCUCCUAAGGUAGACUACAAGUCUCCACCACCACCGUAUGUUUACAGUUCCCCACCACCACCUUACUAUUCACCUUCUCCUAAGGUGGACUACAAAUCUCCUCCACCACCAUACGUUUACAGUUCCCCACCACCACCUUACUACUCUCCUUCUCCUAAAGUAGACUACAAGUCUCCUCCACCACCAUACGUUUACAGUUCUCCACCACCACCUUACUAUUCGCCUUCUCCUAAGGUUGACUACAAAUCUCCUCCCCCACCGUAUGUCUACAGUUCCCCACCACCACCUUACUACUCACCUUCUCCUAAGGUGGACUACAAAUCUCCACCACCACCAUACGUUUACAGUUCUCCACCACCACCUUACUACUCGCCCUCUCCUAAGGUAGACUACAAAUCUCCUCCACCACCAUACGUUUACAGUUCUCCACCACCACCUUACUACUCACCUUCUCCUAAGGUUGAGUACAAAUCUCCUCCACCACCAUAUGUCUACAGCUCUCCUCCACCACCAUAUUACUCGCCUUCCCCUAAGGUAUACUACAAGUCUCCACCACCACCAUAUGUCUACAGCUCUCCACCACCACCAUACUACUCGCCUUCCCCUAAGGUGUAUUACAAGUCUCCUCCACCACCAUAUGUUUACAGCUCUCCACCACCACCAUACUACUCGCCUUCCCCUAAGGUGUACUACAAGUCUUCUCCACCACCAUAUGUCUACAGUUCUCCACCACCACCAUACUACUCACCUUCUCCAAAGGUUCACUACAAGGCUCCACGACAUCCUCAUGUAUGUGUUUGUCCACCACCUCCUCCAUGUUAUUCUCCAUCCCCUAAGGUUGUAUACAAGUCUCCUCCUCCACCAUAUGUAUACAGUUCUCCACCACCACCAUACUACUCACCUUUUCCAAAGGUAUACUAUAAGUCUCCCCCACCACCGUAUGUCUACAGCUCUCCACCACCACCAUACUACUCUCCUUCUCCUAAGGUGCACUACAAAUCACCCCCACCACCAUAUGUUUACAGCUCUCCACCACCACCAUACUAUUCACCUUCCCCUAAGACUGAGUACAAAUCCCCACCUCCUCCCUCGUAUUCACUUUCUCCAAAAACUGAGUACUAAACUUCAUCAUCCCAUUCGUAUUACUAAUACUAAAAAUAGUAAAUGCUAUUUUUAAGAAAGCUACCGGUUUUUAUUUUAUUUCUUCUUUCCUUUUGUUCUUCAUGCUACUUGUAUCUUUUUAUUUUCUUUGUAUUUGGAUUAAUAAUUUGGUUACAAAACCUUCGUACGGUUUCAUGAUUGUUCUUUUAUAUGUGUAAAGAUUGCUUGCAAUCUAUAUGAACUCCUUUGCUAAUUCUUGAGUUUUAAGCGUUAAAUAA